AUGGUCUCACUGGUUGUGUGGACAUUCUUCUACCAGGCCAUUAAAACAUCUCCGCCGGGACAGGAGCGAUUCCUUUUACAGGUGUUUCUGCAUAUUCUCUUGGAGUCUUUACGUGAUGACGAGUUGAUCAAGAUUCAAAAGGAGCCCAUGAGUGCGUUUGAUACGUUCAUCAAAUGUUCAAUGUCUGAUUCUCUUUGGACUGCUCUUGAGGAGGUACUUAUAAAGGCCGCAGAUCUUUAUCCCCGCCCAGGGCCAAACCAGAAGAAUGUAAAACCAAGUCUAAAGAUAAUAAUUGACCUUAGGCAGGACGAAAGUGGGUGGGAAGACAUAAUCGACAAACUUCGUGCAGUGAUCAAACGCCUGCGAUGGAAAUUCUCUGUCAUCAGAUUGCUUAUUACCAAACUACCAGAUAGAGUUGGCAUUCAGCUUCUACCACCUUCGGAAGUUUGUGUUACCUAUGAUCAGGAAAGACAAGCGUGCCUGGAGACACUCCAUUUCAAAAACCUCAGAUACGAUAAAAUCGCAGUACACCACAGUCAUACGCUUGCAUGGCUGUGGGAUUCUCCUGAAUACAAAUCCUGGAUUUCCUCAAGGCCCCCCGAUUCGGGACUUCUUUUUAUUGAAGGCAAGCCCGGUAGUGGGAAAAGUACGUUGGUGCGAUACUUUGCGGAUCAUUUCACUCCCCCGAGUGAAUCCAUCGUUCUGAAGUUCUUCUACAACACGCGGGAUGGUGAAUCCGAACGGGACCAUCGAAACAUGUUGAGAACAUUGCUAUACCAAUUACUGGGGGCAGACGAGUCGUUCUUCAUUCACUUUCAGUCCGUCUAUCGUCGGGGGUGGGGGAAGUAG